AUGGACAGUUUGGUGUUUGAAGUGAAUGGCGGAAAGUCCUAUGAAAUAUCAAAAAUCUUCAAUCUUUUGAAAAAUUUAUUUGAGGAUACGUAUUACCUUGCGUGGGUACAAACAGUUUACUUGAACAUGUUGCAGGAUUUCAUGGGUGGAUCUCAUGAUGGCAUGGUGACUCUAGAGAACAGAGUGCGGGGUCUUGAGCAAGUUGUUGAAGACAUGGCACGUCAUCUGUCAAUAGCAGCCAAUAAUCGGAGAGGUGGUAAUUAUAUGAUGGGGUUUGAGGAAUCUGGUAGACAAUUAGGCAAGUACAAUGGCUKCUCGGACUAUCCGAAUGCAAAAUUAGGGAGGAAUGAUGAUGGGGUCUCUUACAUGGGUUCAAGUAUGAGGGGUAGAGGAUCUUCGUGGAGAUCAGAUGUGCCAGAAAGUUGGGAYUACCAUGCAUAUGGCAGAAAUUCACAAAUGGGUUUGAGGAGAGCAGCUAUGGAUGGUAGGUCGCCUAAAUCAGAUAAUGGAAGUGAACAGGUGAACAGGAGAGGUUGGGGGGAUAAAGGGGGUGGGCCAGCUAGGUUCGGGGAGGGGCCUUCUGCAAGAAGUGUUUGGCAAGCUUCAAAGGAUGAAGCCACGUUGGAAGCCAUUCGGGUGGCCGGUGAAGACAACGGACCUAUCCAAACUGCUCGAGUGGCUGUUCCUGAAAUGACGGCCGAAACAAUGGGAGAUGACAGUCUUGUGCAGGAUCAUGACCCAGUUUGGACAGCUUGGACUAAUGCAAUGGAUGCACUUCAUGUGGGUGACAUUGAUACGACAUUUGCUGAAGUUUUGUCUACUGGGGAUGAUCUUUUGCUUGUGAAGCUGAUGGACAGAACAGGGCCUGUAGUUGAUCAGCUCUCCAGUGAGGUAGGAACUGAAGUUCUGCAUGCUGUUGCCCAAUUUCUUCCAGACCCCAACUUGUUCGACAUCUGCUUGUCUUGGCUUCAACAG